AUGCUCGCCGUGGCCUACGUCGCCGUCUUCGUCGCCGCGCUGUGGCUCCCGUUCGUCCACGCCGACGCGGUGAGCCGCGCGGGGGCGAGGGCGAGCGCGCGCGAGGUCGUGGGAGAGGUCAACUGGUGGCUCGCGUCGUUGUUAUUGUUCAACGCCGUGAACGCGUUGAUAUGCGUCUGGGAGAUCGCGCUUUGGGUGCAUCGAGACGAAGUGCAGAGAUUGAACCGCGGGUACCUGAAAAAGUUCGGCAAGAGGACGCUACCGACACCGUUAUGCUUAUUCGAGCACAUCACGCUCGCGCAGGCGCUGUCGCUGAAGUACUGGUCGGUGAUUUUCGCGCAAUACGCGAGCCUGGACCCGUCGUACGUCCAGCACACGUCUUGGUCGUUUUGGAUCGACGUCGGGAACGGAUUCACCACGCUCAUCCCCACCAUCGCGCUCUCUAUGGCCGUCACGGGAUUUCCACACGUUCCAAUCAUCACCGCCAUCUCCCCGAGAACCGUCGGCGUCGUAGCGAUCGUCAUGAAUUAUCAAAUGCUCUACGGCACGCUCGGGUACUUUGCGAAUUACUGUUACAACCGCUACGACAUCGGCGCCUCGACGUCGGCGAAAAUCGUGGUCUUCGCCGCGAAUGUAAUCUGGAUCCUCGCUCCAUUGGCGUGGAUCGUGCAAGGUUUCGCCUUCGUGCACGCCGACGCGCUCGCCGUGCGCUGGUGA